AUGCUCUACAUACACUCCCAGGAGACUCUGCAGAUCCCAGAGAAUGUGAACCUUCACAUUCGAUCCCGUAUCGUUACGGUUGAGGGACCACGAGGAAAGUUGGUCAAGGACCUCUCCCACCUUGCGGUCUGCUUCAGCCGCCCAAAGAAGGACACCAUUGCCAUCGAGGUUCACCAUGGAGGACGUAAGGCCGUUGCUACCCUCCGCACUGUCCGGACCAUCAUCAACAACUUGAUCAUCGGCGUCACCCGCGGGUUCAAGUACAAGAUGCGCUACGUCUACGCCCAUUUCCCCAUCAACGUCAACAUUGAGACCAACAAGGAGACCGGUGCCGUCGAGCUCGAGAUCCGUAACUUCUUGGGUGAGAAGGUUGUCCGUCGCGUUGUCUGCCAGAAGGGUGUCGAUGUUGUUGCUUCCUCCAACGUCAAGGAUGAGAUUGUUCUCUCCGGAAACUCCAUCGAGGGUGUAUCACAGAGUGCUGCCGAUAUACAACAGAUUUGCCGUGUCAGAAAUAAGGAUAUUCGAAAGUUCCUUGACGGAAUAUACGUCUCGGAGAAGGGAAACAUUGUCGAAGAAGAGUAA